AUGGAGGUUCACCUGCAUUCAAAGAAGCUGAAGAAUGGCGUCCGGACGCGAAGAACUGUCACGAAAUCCGAUGCUCUGGCGGACCGUUACGUCAAGAUCAAUGUAGGUGGUGCUCUUUUCCAGACAACAGUAGGCACACUUACAAAACAUGACACGAUGUUACGGGCGAUGUUCAGUGGACGAAUGCAGGUAGUUACUGACUCCAAUGGCUGGGUGUUAAUCGAUAGAAGUGGAAGACAUUUUGGCAUCAUACUGGAUUUCCUUCGUGACGGAUUUGUACCAUUACCUGAUUGCCGUGUAGAGGUCGAACAAAUUCUAGCUGAAGCCCGGUAUUAUCUUGUGCAGGAAUUGGCAGCCGAAUGCCAGUCAUGGUUAGAGACACUGAGAGUGAGGCGCGACGUUCGGGAACCGAUGGCAACAUGUAGCAUUCCUGUUGUGCAUACAAAAGCUGAAGCUGAUCGUCUUGUUCUCAACUCUAUUAAGCCGGCCAUCAAAUUGUUGAUCAAUCGUCACAACAACAAAUACUCCUAUACAAGUCAGUCUGAUGAUAACAUUAUGAAAAAUUUGGAAUUGUUCGAUCGUCUUGCUGUGAAAUUCCAUGACCGUAUUCUAUUCAUCGCUGGGUUCGGGCAGUCUGUCCAGACAGUGUGUUACAGUGGAAAUCUCUUUGGAAAAGGAGAAAAACGAGCCGAAGUGUGCUGCACUUCUAUUGUCUACGCGACAGAUAAGAAACAGACAAAGGUGGAGUUCCCUGAUUCGAAGAUUUAUGACGAAGCGAUGUCGAUUCUGCGCUAUGAAGAAAGAGGUCUAUGUUCGAGAUGCGGUGGAGAAGCGUGUAGCCCCAAAGAGGCCGUUCCACCUUCUGAAGGAGUAAAUGACUAA